AUGACUCGUCGCUUGACUUUUAUCUGUUCACUUCUGUUUUGUUUGAUCAACUCAACUUUCGCAUGUCAACGAACUCAACUAGGAGACCCAGGUUGUUCUUCUUGCGACGAGGAUCUCGCUCAAUUUCAUGUGAAGGCUAACGAAAUAGCCGGUCUCCCACCGGGUGCCCUUCUGGAUGCGCCCAUCGUUUUUCAGUACAGCACCAAAGCAAAUGGAUGCAUGGCGGCGUCGAUGGUGUGCAAUCCAAACGGCACCCCACAACAAUCGACCCUUUCUGUGAUUUUUUUCGAUGAGGUGAAUACGGUUAACGAUCUCAGCUCACGUAACUCGUUUGGAGAUGUCGAGAAGGGACCGAAUCCGACACGCAAAAGCGAGUUCCGCUGUCAAGCCGGACAGUGGUACAGUGUACAAAAGGCCAAUCCGGCAAAGAAGGGACUUGUCGCUUCACUUGUCUGCUUCACGGAUAAGCCUCCUGCUGGCAAA